AUGUCUGUUAAUAAUAAUAACUCCGAGACAGAAAGUCCAUUUCAAGAAGACGUUAAACCCCACUUUUGCAGUGUCUGUAAUAAAUGUUUUCCUCUGCAGAUUCAUUUGGAUCGACACACGUGUGUUCCAGAAACAUCUGCUGAAAACAGUAACCAGCCUCACCCUAAAGUAAAAUCUUAUCCUUGUAGUUUAUGUAAUAAAAGUUUCGAUCGGAAUUCUCGCUUAAAAAUGCACAUGUAUGUUCAUUCCGAAGAGAGACCUUAUUCCUGCAGCGUAUGCAACUGUAGUUUCAAAUACGAGGAUGCUUUAAAAAGACACAGUCUCGUUCAUCAAGAAGAAAAACUUUAUCCUUGUACUUUAUGUAACAAAACAUUUAAAUGGAAAAACAACUUAAAGGUACACUAUCGCACUCAUACUAACGAAAAGCCAUAUUCAUGUGAAAUUUGUAAUAAAGGUUUUUCAGGGCGAUGUUAUUUAGAUGCCCAUAGAAUUGACCAUGGUGAUGAAAAACCUUAUGCUUGUGAAUUCUGUACUCAGAGAUUCAGUUCGAAAAACAGUUUAUCUAGGCAUACUAGACUACAUACCAGAGAGAAACCUUAUGCUUGUAGUUUGUGUAACGAAACUUUCCAGUAUAGACAUCAUUUAUCUAGUCAUAAUUUUGUUCACACUAAAGUUAAGCCAUUAUUUUAG